AUGAAGCGAAAACUGGACAAGAACGACGAGCCUGAGGAGGGCCCCGAGCCCAAGAAGACCCAGCCCAGCAAGCCGGAUGAGCAGCAAAAACAACAACCCGAGCCUGAACCGUCGUUUUCAGAGCUCGGCCUCGACCCGCGCCUGGUGCAGGCCGUCGCCAAGCAGAACUUCGAGAAGCCAACUCUUGUGCAGCGCAAGGCCAUUCCGCUGGCAUUGAAGGGACAGGAUGUGCUCUGCAAGGCCAAGACUGGCUCCGGAAAGACGGCUGCUUAUCUUUUGCCCAUCCUCACCAGCAUUUUGAAGCGCAAGGCCACCGAUCCGACUCCUUUUACCGCCGGUUUGAUCCUUGUGCCGACUCGUGAGCUUGCCGACCAGGUCUUCAAGGCCGUCGAAGAGUUUUCCGCCUUCUGCGCCAAGGACAUCCAUGCCGCCAAGCUGACCGAGAACGUUUCCGACGCCGUGCAGCGGUCCCUUCUUGCCAAUGUCCCGGAUGUUGUUGUCUCAACCCCAGCGCGCGCCUGGCAUAGCGUCAAUUCGUCGGCCCUGUCGCUGGCCAAGCUGCAGUUCCUCGUUCUAGAUGAGGCCGACCUGGUGUUAUCGUACGGCUAUGACGAGGAUAUGGAGAACCUCUCGCGGUCGCUGCCGAAGGGCGUUCAGACUAUCAUGAUGAGCGCGACGCUCUCACCCGAACUGGACGCGCUUAAGGAGAUCUUCUGUAGAAACCCGACAAUCCUGGACCUGAAAGAGGAGUUUGGCGCCGAGGACGAGAAGCUUACUCAGUUCUACGUCAAGUGUGGCGAGGAGGACAAGUGGCUAAUCGCAUAUCUUAUCUUCAAGCUCCAGCUCAUCAAGGGGCCAUGUUUGAUCUUUGUCGCCGAUAUCGAUCGGUCAUACCGGCUGAAGCUAUUCUUCGAACAGUUCAGCAUCAGGAGUUGCGUCCUUAACUCCGAGUUACCUAUCAAUACCCGCAUCAAGAUCAUUGAGGAAUUCAACAAGGGCAUUUAUGACAUCAUCAUUGCCUCCGAUGAAAGGCCCGAGGCCUUUGGGGAGGAAGCUGCAGAGGAAGGUGAAGAAGAGAAGGAGAAGAAUUCAAAGUCCAAGGACGGACAAGAGAAUCAGAAGUCGAAGAAGAAGAGGAAGUAUCAAAAGGAUGAGGAGUACGGAGUGUCGAGAGGUAUCGACUUCAAGAACGUAGCUGCAGUCAUCAACUUCGACAUGCCGACCUCCGCUUCCUCUUACACACACCGUAUCGGACGCACAGCACGCGCCGGCCGCGCCGGUAUUGCCCUCUCUUUCGUCAUCCCUAAGGACCAGUUCGGCAAACACAAGCCGACGAUGGUCAAAAGUUGCGAGAAGGAUGAAAAGGUGCUGGCUAAGAUCAUUCGCCAACAGGCCAAGCUUGGGCGGAAGCUGGAGCCAUACAACUUCAACAAGCAGCAGAUGGAGGCGUUCCGGUAUCGUAUGACUGAUGCGCUCCGUGCUGUCACCAGGGCGGCGAUCCGUGAGGCCCGGACUCGUGAACUGCGACAGGAGCUUCUUCGGAGCGAGGCUCUGAAGAGGUAUUUCGAAGAGAACCCAACCGAGCUGCAACAUCUGCGCCAUGACGGUGAGCUCGGUAAAGGCAUGAGGCAUCAAGCUCACCUCAAGCAUGUCCCAGACUACCUGUUGCCUAAGGAAGGCAAGAAGGCGUUGACAGAGCAGCAAAUCGGCUUUGUGCCGUUCAAGAAGUUGGAUGGCAAGGACAGGAGGAGGAGAAAGGGCAGGCCUAAAGGGCGAACAUUCAAGACGGGUAAGGACCCGUUGAAGACAUUCAAGGUGAGGAGGAAAAAAUAA